AUGCGUGCUACACAGAGUUUACUUAAGCAUAUUCCUUCCAUCAAGUUUGUUGGCGGACCACACGUGAAGACAGCUGUUGAUUCUGCUGUGAAGCCGCAUUUUGGCUCUGGAGGCCUUGUACCUAACGGCGAGGGGACGCUCCAGAUCUCCCAAUUGAUGGAGAAAUGGCCAAAACUUGUCAUUGCAUCACCACCUCCAAAGGCCAGCUCCCAGCCUGCUCAGCAGAAACCAUCUGGACUGAAACCAAGCGAUAAGCCAUAUGACUACACAAGUGUGUUCCAGCUGCCUAGAAGAUUCCAAUCGCCUGUCUUUGACGAAGCUGAGAUCGAGGCCGUCAACGGCGGUGGUGCUGGUGUAUUGAUCUGAUGGAUGUUCUUUCCCGCACAUUCAUGCCUCCAUGACAAGGCAAGAGCAUAAAACAGGGCACGAGAAAGACGG